GUGACAUUUGCAUUUCAUACCUUCGAAGAAGAACAAAAAAGAAAUAAGAAAAAAGGAAAAAAAAAGAAUUAAAUUAAAUUCUCUUCUUGCUACUUUUUCAAUAAAUAAAUAAAUUUUUUAUUGAAAUAAAUGUUCAUUUUCCCAUUAAAAUUUUAACAUAAUUUUAACGCAAAAUGUCUUAUAAUUACGAAGAAAUGAGUUGGGCCGAUGUUCGUGAUCUAUUUCGUAAAUGGCGCGAAGAUAAUGAACGUCGAAGUGACGAUGUCAUUCAACUUUGGAUUGCAAUUUUGGAGGAUAAAAUCCGUAAAGUUGGCAACGAGAGGCAUUUAAUUUUGGAACAAGUAAUUAUUGCUGCCCUGGAUGUAGCACGUUUCGAUAUUGCUGUCGAAUGUACCAAGCGACUGUCGUUGGAAUUUCCUGGCAGUUUGAGGGUGCAAAAAUUCAAGGCAAUGCGAUUGGAAGCAUUGGAGCGAUAUGAUGAAGCUUUGGAUGUUCUCGAUGCGAUUAUUAAGAAGGACGAAACAAAUGCAGCGCCAAGGAAGAGAAAAAUUGCAAUUUUAAAAGCGAAGGGGAAGCGCACAGAAGCUAUUAAAGAAUUAUGUGAAUAUUUGAAAAAGUUUAUGUCUGAUCAAGAGGCUUGGCAUGAAUUAUGCAAUUUGUAUUUAGCCGAAGGUGAAUACGCAAAAGCUGCCUUCUGUAUGGAAGAAGUACUUCUACAUAAUCCACAUAGUCAUUUGAUUCAUCAGAGAAUAGCAGAAAUUCGUUAUACAAUGGGUGGAAUGGAAAAUAUUGAAAUAGCUAAGACUUAUUAUGCGCAGGCUGUCAAACUUAAUGCAAACAACUUGAGAGCGUUAUAUGGACUCUACCUAUGCUACAAUUUUAUUGCAAAUUCCAGAGCUGUCGUAGCUAAGCGAAAGGAUGCACAAAAAAUGGCUCAAUGGGCACUCGAACAAGCCACAAAGAAAACGACGCCAACAUCGAAGAUUACAAACAAUGACAAGUAUAUUGCUGCAUUGGAAAGCGCAUUUGGCAGCAUGGAUUUGAAAUCCAAUUGACAUGAAUUUGUCAAAAUUUGCCAAAAAACAUGCUUUGCAUAGUUUUCAUUUUAUAUAAUUCCAAAAUACACCUACACCUAUAAUCUAUAUGUGUCUUUAUUGUUUCUUUAAAAAAAUCACACAUUAUAAUAUUUCCAUAAUCAUUUCAAAGAAAACUUCAAUGGCAACUUGGCAACCAUUAAAAAAAAUAAAAAUAAAUAUAAAACAAACAACACUACAAAAAAUAAACCAAAGGGUCCUUGUUUCUCAAAAAAAAAAAAAAAAUAAUAACUAAAAAAUGAAUGUAUUCUUCAUUAUCUCGCAGGACGG